GGUACCAUUCCCCCCACCCCCCAGCUGCCUGACCCCGAGAGGGGUGGGGAAAUGGGGAGGGGGGCGGCCCUGUUCCAACGUCUAUGCACACUGUACAGAGACAGCAGAUAAAUUAGAAAAGAAAGAAAAUGAGUGCGGGAGAAAAUGUGGCCGGUGGCAGUGCAGAAUCUGACUUGGUGCCAAAACACAAAUCAUCUUCCAUAAUUUGGAAGUAUUUCGGAUUCAGAAAAGAGGAUGUAAACCAGAGUGACGUGUUGUGCAGGUCGUGCUUAGAAAAAAUUGCGACUAAGCAAGGUAGCACAACAAACAUGUUUCACCAACAGCAUCGCGUGCUGCAUGAAGAGUGCAUGACAAUGAGAGAAACAACGGGGACUUCUCAGUCAUCCCAAAAUAAACCAAAGCAAAGUUUGAUUGCUGAUGCAUUUAGUAGCGUUUCGCCGUAUGAGUUGACGUCCACCAGACAUAAAGAAAUUACAGACGCUAUAACAUACCACAUUGCAAAAAACAUGGUACCUGUGAACACUGUCUCAAAAGAAGGCUUUAAAAAAAUGGUUCGGACGCUGGACAAGCGUUAUAAAAUACCAUCCCGAACACAUUUUAAUCAAGUGGCCAUUCCAAAACUUUAUAAUGAGUGUAAAAUGAGUGUUGAAUCCGAGCUCCGUGAAAUCGAUCAUUUCGCCACCACCACGGACCUGUGGUCGAGCCGGACAACCGAGCAAUACAUAAGUUUAACGGUCCAUUUUAUUACAAGAAAUUUCGAACUCAAGACCCGCUGUCUGCAGACAUCAUUCUUCCCCGGGGAGCAUAUAUAGCGGAGGAGAUGAGAGGUGCGUUAGCGUUAGCAGAACUUGAAGGAGGACCAACAAGUUUGCGUGACGACAGAUAAUGCACCGAACAUGAUAAAGGCUUUGGAGGUGAAUGGCUAGACGCGCCUUCAGUGCUUCGGACACAGGCUACACCUGGAAAUAGGUACAUUUUGCUAUGUUUAUCUUUAAUAACUUUGAGACAGAGAGAAGUGUGUGUGUGAGUGUGUGUGUAAGUGUGUGUGUGUAUGUGUGUGUGUGAGGGAGAGAGAGAACAAUCUGCAUUAUUAUGUGGUUAUUUAGCUGUUGUAAAAUAAUCAUUAAUUAUUUUUGUACAUCUAUUUUUCCAAGAAAACACAGUGAAAGGUGACAGCCGGAUCAGCCGUGCAACAGGUGUCUGCAAAAAGUUGGUGUGCCACUUCUCACACAGCUGGAAAAAGCGAGUGGCACUCGAGCAAGCCCAGAAGCGCCUCAACCUUCCAGUCCACGGACUCAUCACUGAGUGUCAAACUAGAUGGGGGUCUAGGGUGCUCAUGAUUAACAGGAUUCUGGAGCAGCAGAAAGCAGUCCAUGAGGUCCUCUCAGAGGACAGAAACACCCGGCACCUAAUUUUUGGAUAUCAAGAUCUGGAUGUGCUGGAGUCAGUCAGCAAGGCAUUGGGACCACUGCUUGAAUUCACGGAUGCUCUGUCAGGGGAGGAUUACGUUAGUGUUUCACACAUCAAACCAGUACUCAGCCUGUUUAACACAACCAUCUUGGCACCAGAGGAGGGUGAUACGGACAUGACCAAGUCCUUAAAAAAGAAAAUUUUGGAGUACUUGAACAGCAAGUAUGAAGAGAGAGUUACACAAGAGCUCCUGGAUGUGGCAUCCUUCUUAGAUCCAAGAUACAAGACACAAAACAUCAGUGUCAACGACGUCCCCAUCAUCAAAGCCAGACUGGUGUCAGAGAUGAAGAUGAUGGAACACAAGCAUUCUGUUGAGUGCAGAGAGACCAGAGUGGAAGAAGUUUCACCCCCACCCACCAAAAAGGCUAAAAAAAUGUUGGGAAGUUUCUUCAAAAGAUCCACCGCAAGUGUAACAGUACCAAAUCGAUCCCACUGCUGCCAUAGAAGCUGAGCUGAGCGCCUACAUGCAGUCCCCCACAAUUGACGACGAGGACCCACUUCUGUGGUGGAGAUUAACUCACAAAGUCAACUUUCCCCGGCUCAGCAACAUGGCAAGAAAAUACUUGUGCAUGCAGGCCACCAGCUCUCUUCAGAGAGAAUUUUUAGUGCAUCAGGCAACAUUGUGUUUCUGGCAAAGAAUCUGUAAAAGUUGUGCUGCCUGUAACUACCUCUGUUCUGUUAGUAGCAAAUGCAUUUUCUGCAUACAGUUAUGUGAUAUUUUGAAGAAUAUAAAUGUUGUUGCAUU